AUGAGCGGUGCAGUCCCCUUCAAACAGGAUCUUCCUCCUUCCGGAGGCUACCAGCCCAUUCGAUACAAGCGCAAUCUUCCUGGUAAGAACCUGUCGGGUCUCACCAUCUUUGGUGGUGUCAUUGCCAUUUGCGCAUACGGCUUCUACAAGGUUGGCCUCACUAACCUCGAGCAACGCGAGCUCAAGAGGGAGCGUGCGUGGUCCCGGAUUCACCUAAUUCCUUUGCUCAUGGCCGAAUCAGACCGCGAUACUUACCGACGAAACGAGGCUCAGAUUGCACGAGAAAAGGAGAUUAUGAAGGACGUCCCCGGCUGGGAGGCUGGCAAGUCGGUGUACAACACCAAGCGCUAUACUCAACCCAACAUUGUGGUCCUCUAG